AUUUUACAUCACUAUUUGGGGUUAAUAAUGUUUUGUUUGUAAGAUUUAAGAUUUAAGAUCAGCUGUGAUUAUGAACGUUACAAACAUUUUAGAGAUUUUAUUUCCUUUCUCCGAUUGACGACAUAGCAGUGAAUUGCAUUUUGAAAAAGCUUUUUCAAGUUUUGGCAUCAAAGUUUGCCUUCUUCAUAAGCCUGAUGUUCCCAUGCCAUCUUCCCUUUGAUUGAUUACGUCCUUUCAUAGUCUUGAAUCUACGAUGAGUGGUGAUUCUCAAGAUAGAUAUUCUUUAAUAACAUCCAACAAUUCUGAAUCUUCUGUUCGGCCGGUAGCUGUAUCCUUCACAAUCAGAGUCUGGUCGAGAAUGUCGACGCCACUGUACUUAAUGAACAUUUUAUGGAGCCACUUAAUGUUGAAGAGAAAACGAGUGCCUUACUUGACAUAUUGUAUCUACAGUUAAUGCAGUUUAAUAAAAUUUACAAUUCAAAUA